AUGAAUAAGUUUCUACUAGUAUCUGUGUUACCAGUAUUACUAGCCAUUUUAACUGUGAAGUUAUGUGCAGCCAUGGCGACUGUCGGUGGUGCAAGCGCAUAUGCCUCCAACAAUAAUGGAAUAAAACGCAUUACAAUGCAUAAAGUCAACCGUACAUGUAAUGGUAAUACUACUCAAUACAAAUGUCACGGAAAAGGAAAACAUACGGGAAUAACAAAAAGGUCCGUAUCAGCGACUGAAACAACACUUGAUCAGUUUUGGGGUACAUAUUGGAUGGGUUUAAUAACAAUUGGUACACCUGGUCAAACGUUUUAUAGCCAGCUUGAUACGGGAUCAUCUGAUCUAUGGGUUCCAGGCGAACAAUGUGGCACUGCAUGUGGUGGUAAUCAUACAUAUAAACCUAGUUUAUCAUCAACAUAUAAAGCAUGGAAUAAGACUUUUCAGAUUCUUUAUGGUGAUGGUACUCACACCACGGGAGUAUUUGCAAAUGAUACAGUGAAUAUGGCCGGAAUAUCUGUUACUGGUCAACCAUUUGCUAUUGUUAGUUCAGCUUCAGGUAUGAGUUGGCGAACUAAUGACGGUAUACUAGGUUUGGGUUAUCAAAAUCUUGCACACGGCGGCGAAAAUCCUCUGGUGUGGUCAAUGUAUUUGGCUGGACAGUUGAGUCUUCCCAUUUUUUGUUUUUGGUUUGGACCAGUAUCGACUGGUUCGGAUACAGGUGAAUUAAUUUUGGGUGGUUAUGACGCAACGAAAUAUACAGGCUCUUUUACAUAUGCACCAGUUAGUGUCAAAGGUUAUUGGGAAUUCGUUGCUGACAGUGUUCGUUUAACAAUUGGAUCAACAACAACAACAAUAGCCACAUCAAUUAAUGCUAUCUUGGAUACUGGAACAACUCAUGCAAUUAUAGGUCCAUCAACUUAUGUGAACACAAUAAAUACAAUACUAGGAGCUACAUACGAUAACGCGACUGGAUUGUACAAGGUUAAUUGUCAAACAAAACCCUUAUCAGCUUUUCCAAAUAUUGCAGUUACAAUUAGCGGUGUUCCAUUUGUGUUAACACCAUUAAUGUACCUUGAAAUCAUAGGUAAUUCUGCUGCAUAUACUUGCUAUAGCUACAUAUCACCAAGCGAUCAAAACGAUGCAAAUGGCAAACCAAUUUGGAUUCUCGGUGAUUAUUUUAUGAGACGUUUCUAUAGUGUAUUUGAUAUGCAAAAUAAUCGUAUUGGACUGGCACUUUCAACAUCGUAUUCAUCGGUACAAAAUGUACCCAGUACUUUAUUUCAAACAACUACGACCGUAACUCCUUCGUCAACAACAUCAACGACAACAAAGCCAUCCACAACGACAACUACAACAACCACAUCAACAUCAACAACUACAUCAACGACAACAAAACCAUCUACAACGACAACUACAACAACCACAUCAACAUCAACAACUACAUCAACGACAACAAAACCAUCCACAACUACAUCAUCAUCAACAACAAUGAAAACAUUAACAACUACAACUCAAACGACUAGUAGUGUAUUCAAUAUGGGUCGUUGGUCAAUAACAGGCUCCCUUGCAAUAGGUCGUACUCAGCAUACAUCAACUCUCUUUUCUGAUGGUCGUGUCAUCGUUGUAGGGGGUAGAGAGGGUGCUAAUACAGUGGAAAUUUACAAUCCCGCAACACGAACAUGGAGUCGAGGAGCAUCAAUGAAUAAUGCUCGAUCAACUCACACUGCUACUCUUUUACCAGAUGGUCGAUUGUUUGUUACGGGUGGUUGGUAUUACAAUACAGCUAGCCAAACUGCUGAAAUUUACAAUCCUGUAAGUAAUAGUUGGUCAGCUGUUAGUAAUAUGACAUUUGGUCGAUAUGGACAUGCAGCAGUCUAUUUACCAGCACCAAUGAAUAAAAUCUUAGUCAUGGGUGGAUAUGGAGGUAGCACCGGAUCUGUCGGUCUACAAUCAUGUGAAUUCUAUGAUUUGGUUUCGAAUCAAUGGACAACCACCACUUCAAUGAUUAAUGCACGAGUCUAUUUUACAGCAACAUACUUACCAUCUAUGAAUGUGGUUGUAGCUAUAGGAGGCGGUUAUGUAGGUAGCGUAGUAGAAAUGUUUACCGUAUCAACAUUACAAUGGACUCAAAGUUCGAAUACAAUUGCACCAUAUGCAUUAUCACCUCAAGGUACAUUACUACCCAAUGGACAAUUUUUACUUGCUGGUGAUACUUACAGUAACGGUGGAACUUAUUUGUUUAAUCCAACAACGAAAUUAUUUACAUUUGCAGCAAAUACUACCCAACUACGAAAUGAAGCCAGUGUAACUUUAUUAACAUCAGGUUCAGUUCUUCUAACUGGUGGAUUUGAUACUACUAGCGGUCAACCUAUUCGUUCGGCUGAAGUUUAUGAUUAUCAACUCAAUAUGUGGCGUUCCGUAGCAGACAUGAACACCACUCGUUCUCGUCACACAGCAGUUGCUUUAAAUAAUUCCUUCUCAACAUCACCAACAGUACUUGUUAUUGGAGGGCAACACGACUGGCUAGGCGGGCACGACUUAACUGAUUGUGAACUGUUCUCGGUCAAUGGUUGA